CGCUCCCACGAUCUCUCCACACGUCAGCAGGAGCCCUUCGGGCCGUUACACGCACCCAUCCCCGCGCCGCGCGCACGACACGAUCCGUGGUUGGUUGCACGCCCCUUCUAUAUCCCUACUAUCGCGCCGGUUCCGCCACCACCUCCGUCCGCGUGUUUCCCCUUCCUUCCCUCCCUCGCUUUCCCCUCUCAUCGACCUCCCAAGCCAAGAAUCACCAGAGGGCCCGAACCAAACCAAGGCAGCCAUGUCGUACUACGGCGACCGGCGGCCGGAGUCGUCGAUCGUGGAGGCGUUCACGCUGUCGCCGCUGCCGUACCCGGUGAUCCUGAUCCUGCUCAUGGUGACGCUCCUGCUGGGGGUGUCGUGGUUCUUCACCUACGAGGACUUCAUCGAGGAGGCGGCCGAGCAGUUCAGCUGGGCGCUGCUGGCCGUGCCCAUCGCGCUCGUGCUACUCAUCCGCUGGAUCUCCUCCGUCGAGUCCUUCGACGGCUACUUCUUCGGCUUCUACCCCAGCGAGAGACGCUGGAGGCCGGGCUACGACAGCGGGCCCGCCGAGGGGAGCUCGCCAUGGGGCGUCGCCAUGCUCGUCGUGCUCCUCCUCGUGCUCGCAAGCUUCCACGAGACCAUCAGGGACAUGUGGAGGCCAUGAUGGAUGAAUCCCUCCUCAAUCCUGAUAUAUUCAUGUAUACACGUAAUUAAUUCGGUCUUUGCUCGAUCGAUUCCAUGCUUUUCUGGUGCUGCUUGAUGAUCCAUCCAUGUACAUAUAUAAUACGGAUUCUGCAACUGGCUAGAUUAUAGAGUAUGAGGAUGAUACUCGAUUAGCUGCAUGUAAGCCUGGUUCUGGUUUUCUGUUAAUCAAAAGUUCUAGUUUUGUUUAUGUUUC